GGUCUCGGAGCAGAGGCCGCGGAGGAGAAAACUUCCCUUCCCGGCUGCCCGGCCCCGGAACUCAAGGACUUAGCCCCGGCCGACCUGGCGGUGGGAAGAGUUAGAGGGACGGACAAAGUGGGGCGGGGGGGGAAGAGUAGCCGUGUGGCUUCCGAGAGCGCGCCGGAAGUACAGUUCUCGGACGGGUCUGACUGAGCCUGGCCUUGUUCGUAGCGCUGUCGGGCUGGUAGGAAUCGGGAGGGACCCCAGAGCACCGAAGAGCUGAGUCGGGGCCAGCGCCACCAUCGUGACCGCCAGAAAAUCCCUUUUCCGUGCCUUCGUUGGCUCUUCUGCGAAGUGAGUCGUGGAGGAGCCGCUCUCAGCGUCCGACCUGUAGAGCGGGGUCGCUCGGCUAGCGCCCGUGGGAGAGUCGAGGGCCGGAAGUAAGAGGCCAUUCCCAUUUACAAAACAGUCCUGGGCUCUGAGCCUGCAUUCCGAGGAACUCAGGAGAAGUUGACAGUCUCUGCGUCCCUCACGCCCGAGGACGGAACCCAGCAUGUCUCAGGCCACCAAGAGGAAGCAUGUGGUGAAGGAGUUGCUGGGGGAGCACAUGGUGCCCUCAGACCAGCAGCAGAUUGUGAGGGUACUCAGGACCCCAGGGAACAAUCUGCAUGAGGUGGAGACGGCCCAGGGGCAACACUUCCUGGUGAGCAUGCCCUCCAAGUACCGAAAGAACAUCUGGAUCAAGCGAGGGGACUUCCUCAUCGUUGACCCCAUUGAGGAGGGAGAGAAGGUGAAAGCGGAGAUCUCCUUUGUGCUCUGCAAGGACCACGUGCGCUCUCUGCAGAAGGAGGGGCUCUGGCCUGAGGCCUUCUCUGAAGUGGCUGAGAAACACAACAACAGCAGGAACAGACAGACUCAGCCAGAACUCCCAGCUGAGCCCCAGUCAUCAGGAGACGAGUCCAGCUCUGAAGACGAUUCUGACCUCUUUGUUAACACCAACCGCAGACAGUAUCAUGAAAGCGAAGAGGAGAGCGAGGAGGAGGAGGCAGCCUGAGACCCUGGGCCCACCUCUCCACUAGCUCAGAGACUAGUCCCUGGCUCCCCUGGGCUCAGACAUUCCCAGGGUGCCCUGCAGCUCUUCCCCCCUGGAUGGGGACAAGGCAGGGCCCCUCUCUGAACAGACUUUCCUGACCGACAGGAGAAUUAAACCCCUGGUGGGUGAUGA